UCCAUGGAAAACACUACAGAGGUGACUGAGUUCCUCCUUGUAGGGUUAUCUGAUGACCCAGAAGUGCAGAUCCUGCUCUUCAUCACUUUCUCUCUCAUCUACUUCCUCACCCUGGUUGGGAACCUGGGGAUGACCAAGCUGAUCCUGCUGGACUCUCGUCUCCACACGCCCAUGUACUUCUUUCUCAGCCAACUCUCGCUGGUGGACUUGGGUUAUUCCUCAGCUGUCACUCCCAAAGUGAUGGCUGGAUUCCUCACAGGAGACAAAACCAUUUCCUACGAGGCUUGUGUCACCCAGUUCUUCUUCUUCGUAGCCUUUAUCACCGUAGAAAGUUUCCUCUUGGCUUCAAUGGCUUAUGACCGCUAUGCCGCCGUGUGCAAACCCCUGCACUACACCACGGCCAUGACGACCAAAGCUUGCACACGUCUGCUCAUAGGCUGCUACUUCUGUGGCUUCCUGAAUGCCUCCGUCCACACUGGGAACAUUUUCAGGCUCUCCUUCUGUAGGUCCAACGUGGUCAAUCACUUCUUUUGUGACGCUCCUCCUCUGCUGGCUCUCUCAUGCUCAGACAACUACGUCAGUGAGAUGGUUAUUUUCUUUGUGGUGGGUUUCAAUGACUUCUUUUCUAUUCUGGUCAUCUUCAUCUCCUACCUGUUUAUAUUUAUCACCAUUCUGAGGAUGCAUUCUUCUGAAGGACGCCAGAAGGCCUUUUCCACCUGUGCUUCACACCUCACUGCUGUCUCCAUCUUCUAUGGGACAGGCAUCUUCAUGUACUUACAGCCCAGCUCCAGCCACUCCAUGAGCGCAGACAGAAUGGCGUCCGUAUUCUAUGCUAUGGUCAUCCCCAUGCUGAAUCCACUGGUCUACAGCCUGAGGAACAAGGAUGUCAAGAGUGCCUUUAAGACGGCUGUGCGGAAGGCAAAGUCUUCUAUAGGAUUUGUAUUUUAG